AUGGCGCCAGCCAGAGCAGGAUUCUGCCCUCUGCUGCUGCUCCUGCUGCUGGGGCUGUGGGUGGCCAGACCAGUCAGCGCCAAGCCUGGGAACAUGACCCCAGCUCAGUGGUUUGAAACUCAGCAUGUGCAACCCAGACCUCAAGGAUGCAACACUGCAAUACACAAAAUCAACAAGUUCGCUAAGCACUGCAAAGACUUCAGCACCUUUCUGCAUGAAUCCAUCUACUGCAUGGUCAUCACCUGUCAGACCCCCAACAUAGCCUGCAAGAAUGGUCAUAAAAACUGCCACCAGAACCAAAAGCCUAUAUCCCUGACUACGUGUGAGCUCCUCUCAGGAAGGUGUCCAGACUGCAGGAACAAGGAGAAGCAACUGGAGGCAUUCUUCAUCGUAGCCUGGGACCUGCCACAACAGAAGGAUGACCUGAGGUACCAGCUGGUCCUGUGCUUUUGGAUAAUGUUGUCUAAGGCCAAGUGUUCCCCUCACCCCAAGCUCUGCAAACUCCUGACACUGCUGCUGCCUUUUCUCCCUUGAGUUCUUCACUAAUCCUCACCCUUUUUGCAAAUACCACUUCUCUCCCACGCAGCCAACUUCACAUACUCUUAAUUCCUUACGGGGUUUUGUGGAUGCUCCAAAUGAUGAGGGAAGAGAGGUGAUUCUCCUUAACCCUUCACUGCUGCUUCAGUUGGUGGCCUUACGUUGUUUUCUGAGUGUGGAUGCCCUGUGGC